CCCGCGGUGUUCCUGCUCCGCCCUCCCACAAAUCUGCGGCGCUCUGGCUGUGCGGGACAAGCGCAAGCGCUGGUCUCACGCAUUCCAAAAGAAUGGACCCGAGGAGACAGAGCUCAGAUGAAAUCAAAAGAACAAUAAAGUUUGGAGGAAAAAAAAGAAGCUGCGCUUGCUUCCCUGGUCUGCAGUUUGGCAGGGCAUUAAGAUGUCCGUGGACAUGAACAGCCAGGGCUCUGACAGCAAUGAAGAGGAUUAUGACCCUAAUUGCGAGGAGGAGGAAGAGGAUGAGGAUCCUGGGGAUAUUGAGGAUUAUUAUGAUGGGGUAGCUAACGACGUGGAGCAGCAGGGAGCAGAUGCCUUUGAUCCAGAGGAAUAUCAGUUCACCUGCUUGACUUACAAGGAGUCGGAGAGCACUCUGAAUGAACACAUGGCCAGCUUGGCUGCCACGUUAAAGGUAUCACAUGCUGUUGCAAAGCUAGUAUUAGUUAGUUUCCACUGGCAAAUCUCAGAGAUUUUGGAAAGGCACAAGUCUAAUGCUGCCCAAUUGCUAGUAGAAGCACGAGUUCAGCCCAUCUCAUCCAAACAUGCAAUGGUACAUUCCUCCCACCACUGCGCAGUGUGCAUGCAGUUUGUCCGGAAGGAGAACUUGCUCUCCCUGGCUUGUCAGCACCAGUUCUGUCGCAGCUGCUGGGAGCAGCACUGUACAGUGCUCGUCAAGGAUGGUGUUGGAGUUGGGGUGUCCUGCAUGGCUCAGGACUGCCUACUCCGGACACCAGAAGACUUUGUGUUUCCAUUGCUGCCUAGUGAAGAGCUGAAAGACAAAUACAGGCGCUACCUCUUCAGGGACUAUGUGGAGAGCCAUUACCAGCUGCAGCUGUGUCCUGGUGCAGAUUGCCCUAUGGUCAUACAGGUACAAGAGCCAAAAGCCCGGCGAGUGCAGUGCAAUCGUUGCAAUGAGGUCUUCUGCUUUAAGUGUCGGCAGAUGUACCAUGCGCCCACAGACUGCGCUACCAUUCGGAAAUGGCUUACCAAGUGUGCAGAUGACUCUGAAACAGCCAACUACAUCAGUGCUCACACUAAAGAUUGUCCCAAGUGCAAUAUCUGUAUUGAAAAGAAUGGAGGCUGCAAUCACAUGCAAUGUUCCAAAUGCAAGCAUGACUUCUGCUGGAUGUGUCUGGGAGACUGGAAGACUCACGGCAGCGAGUACUACGAAUGCAGUCGGUACAAAGAGAAUCCUGAUAUUGUAAACCAGAGUCAGCAAGCACAGGCCAGGGAGGCCCUUAAGAAGUACUUGUUCUAUUUUGAGAGGUGGGAGAAUCACAAUAAAAGCCUACAGCUGGAGGCACAGACAUACCAACGAAUCCAGGAGAAAAUCCAAGAAAGAGUUAUGAACAACUUGGGAACAUGGAUAGAUUGGCAAUACCUACAGAAUGCUGCAAAACUACUUGCAAAGUGUCGUUACACCCUGCAGUACACAUAUCCAUAUGCCUACUACAUGGAGUCUGGUCCCAGAAAGAAGUUGUUUGAAUACCAGCAGGCCCAGCUGGAAGCUGAAAUUGAAAAUCUCUCAUGGAAGGUGGAGCGAGCAGACAGCUAUGACAGAGGGGAUUUAGAGAAUCAAAUGCACAUAGCAGAGCAGAGACGGAGGACCCUGCUGAAAGACUUCCAUGACACAUAAGAGAGGAGGAAGUGACAAUGCAGGGGUGAGAGCAGCGAGUGAAGUGAUGUCAGCUUCACUGGGAUAAGCAGGCACUGCCUCUGGGAGAACAUGGCCAAGGACAAAGCCACCCCUCCCCUUGCAAGUCAGACACAUGCAAACACCACCUCUUAGUCCAGUUUGUUCUCUUAUCUUUCUGUUUCUGUUUCUGCCAGGCUAGAGGCCAGAGCUCAGAUUGGCAUAUCCUGGGCCAUUUUCCUCCUGCCCUUGAUGGUUUCAGAAGAGGAGGGAGUUUUUUUCUGAAUGGCUGUUAAUAGUGUUAGAUCAUUACAGUUUAUGUAAUUUUCAAUGGUUGUACAAUUAUACAGACAAACCUUAGAAUAACACAGAACCCUUUUUAAAAAUAAAUUGGCAGUGGAGUGUUUUUCCUUAAUCUGCUUGUAAAUUUAAUGGGCUUUUCCCCCCCUCUCCCUUCCUCUGACCCAAAAAUCCUCCUAGUCACUAAAGGAGGUUAAAAAAUAUCUUGGCUAGAUUUUCCGAUGCUCCUUUAACCAGGACGUUGCAGCAUUGGCAUUGCAUGAGGAGAGUGGCUGGUGUUAAGGGUGGCUGCUGCUGUGUCUGGCCUGACAGUACUCACAGUGGCCAUGAUUCAGUAUGAUCACAUGUGACAUCUCUUUUUCUUGUAAAUCAGCUGUGCAAAAUCCAGCUAUACAAACAAAAGAAAACAGAGGAAUUGCAGGGGACAGACUGGGUUAACAUUGGGGGAUAUGCCUUGAGUUUGAGAGAAAUCAGAUUCUGCAUUUGAUGAAUUUUAGGUCUUCCAUGUAGAUUUUUGCUUUACUUGUUUUUGUGGGGAGGAUGUUGUAUUGCCAAAGUGAGUGAUGAGGGAGUAGUAGCAUACAGUUGUUAAUCAAGGCUUGGGGCUUUUGCAGAGUGAAAGAAAGAAUCCAUGUUAUAACAGUGCCAUGCAGCCUGAUAAAGAUUAUUUGUGCCUGCUGGGUAGCAUGGCUGAGAAAAAUUGAUCUCGUUCAUCAAAGUGAGACUAAACACCACUACAUUAUGAGGAAAAAAGAUUAUGUACGACACACUCCCUGGCACGUGUUGGCAAUGUGGACAGGCACUUGAAUACAGGUGCACUGCUUGUGCAGAGCCUGCACCAAGCCAGGCAGAAAAUUACCUAGCAAAAUUAAUUUAUUUGUAUAUUAGUAUUGAUGCUGGUGGGAACUUAUCAGAAAAUUGAUUGUUAGGAGCAUGUGGAGCUUUUUUAUUAACAUUCUCUUUUCUAAUGUAAAAUAUACACUAAAAUAAAAAUAUUAAAACCUAGUUCAUCUUAGUAGGGGUUAACAUGAAAAAGGUUACUUAAAUGCUGACUCUUGCCUGUUUGCUACAGGAAGCAGGCCACUUUAUAGGAUUUCAGAUAUCUGUGUCACUUGCACCAGGAGCUUGCUGUUUGCAGCCGGUAAGGUGCAGCUGGAGUCUGAUCUGAGGAAAUUUUCACCUCUGUGGGGAACUCUUGGGAUUCUCUUCUAUGCUGUAUUUGGAAGUGUUGCCUUUGAUGCAUCCCUGUAUUGUUCUUAUGCAAUGUCACUUGAUAAAGAUUAAACUGGAGGGGGGAAAAGUGCUAAAUCCCUGUGUGUCAGAAUAAGCUAACUGCUGUUUUAACCUCUUUCAUGUACCUGAGACAUGUGACCCAGGUAUUUGCAGCAGGUGUAAUUGGGCUCAUAGAUUUUAUCAAGACUGAUGCUUUAGUUUAAACAAGGAGUAGCUGUCACAGGAGCUAAUCCUGUGGCCAUGCUUGUUGUACACAGCAGAAAAUUUCAAACUGAGAGGCCUUUUCCUUCCUCCCUCCCAUCCCUGGUGUGGGAUCUAUCCUCAGGGAACAAGGGGAUGCGCUGCGAGGAGCUGCUGACCGUGGAGUGAGUGUUACAGCAAAAGCAGCUGGGGGUUGGGCAGGCUUGUGGAGAGAUGGCUGGAGUCAGGGAGCAGGGAAGGGGUCUGUGGUUUCUGGGAGCAGCGCUGCUUGCUGUGCAAGAGAUCUCCAUAGCCAUGGCUCCUUGCAUUCCUGCUCUGUCCUGUUCUGGCUCCCCUUGAGGCUGGAGCUGUAGAGAUAGAUUUGACCUUUCUCCAGCCACUGUCUCUUGACUUCAUUUCUCACUCUGCACCCAGCAGCAGCCUCUCUGUGCCCUCCUCGUGAUAUAUCCUAGAGGUCAGUCUCUCUUCCUCUCCCCUUCCCAAAUGUCUUGGCAUGCUGCUUCCAUGGGAAGGGAUAGUGGAGGAGGGAAGGUUUGCUGAGACACAGCAGUUUACAGUGAAUACAACCAAUGCUUAAACUAUUAUUUAAAAAUGUAAUGUGCAAAGUACUGAUGAGGAUAAAAGCUGGUGUUCGUGUUGUCUAAACAUAA